AUGUCGGGAAAGCCUGCUAUUUCUUUGCUCAGUGCGUCCGUUGCUAAAGCCCUUGAUGGGGAGCUAAUGUCGACUGGAGCCUUUUCGGUAGAUCAGCUUAUGGAGUUGGCUGGCUUGUCGGUUUCUCAAGUUGUAUAUCGUGAAUAUCCCCGCUCUAGUCAUGUCAAAGUGCUUGUCUGCUGUGGUCCCGGAAACAAUGGAGGUGAUGGUUUAGUGGCUGCUCGACAUCUCUGGCAGUACGGCUAUCAACCGACCGUCUACUAUCCAAAACCAUCAUCACCAGACCUGUACAAGAGAUUGUGCAAGCAACUUGAAGACCUCGACAUACCCAUCCAUACUACCCACACUUCUGAUUCGUUUCAUCAACUCCUCAACCAGUCAUCUCUGAUCGUGGAUUCUUUGUUUGGAUUCAGCUUUAAGGGCCCAGUUCGUGAGCCUUUCGGUGAGAUUCUCUCUGCCAUUGUCGAUUCCAAGCUUCAUGUUGUUUCUGUCGACGCUCCGUCCUCUUGGGAAAUCGAUGAAGGUCCUCAAAAGGAAGGUCCUUUAAAGAAUUUCAAUCCAAACGUCUUAAUUUCUCUCACAGCCCCCAAGCCCUGUUGCAAUUUCUAUAAGGGCAAGCAUUACCUUGGUGGUAGAUUCGUUAGCAAGGCCAUCAAGGAAAAAUAUCACUUGCAAUUGCCUCCUUAUCCUGGAAUGGACCAGAUUGUUAAUAUCACGGAUGAGCCCUUAGCUACUGUAUAA